AUGGCAGUUUCAACGACACAAGUCCAAGAACAUCUGGCGCUAACGCACCAUAUCAACAACUAUGGCUGGUUCGCCGAUAUGUACGCAUGGGACGACAUCGCAAAUUGCCUCACAGAAGACUGUACCUUUGACUUCAAAAUCCCGACAGAUCUCGAAGGCCAAGGGUGGUAUCAGUUACUCCAGCACGAGUCGCCAUUAUACGGACACCGGAUGGCUAACCGCUUGUUUUCAAUGACAGCCCCGAUGUAUCUCAACUCCGGCACAAUAAAAGGGCGAUCAAACACGGCCAAGGCACUGGCCGCUAUUACAGAGAGGUUCCAACGCACACAACAUAACAUUUUGAACAUGGACUUUGAUAUUGAAACUUCUAACGCGACUGCCAUUGGCAGAGCGAACAUAUUCUGGGCUGCAGUCACAGAGCAGAACGGCCGCUAUGUCACCGUGCAGACUGGUUGCAGGUACACAUGGAAAUUUAAGAAGAGUGUCGAUAAGGGUCGUUGGGAAACGGAUUAUACACAGGUGGAGCUUGUCUGGGUGUCCUCGGCCCCAGUCGAAGGGUUCAAGCUCGUCAAUAUGCUCUAG